GCUGCAAACCGAAUUUUCGCAUUUAUUUUAAAUAGUUAAUUUGUCUAUAACAAAAUAUAAUGUAGACUUAAUAAUCGCGUUAUCUACUUUACGAAAACGUGUACGCUUGUGUUAAAAUGUAUCGCCAAAAGUGCCACGAAAUAGUGAUGAUAGUGACGACUUUAUUUAACGAAUUUAAAUUUUUUGAUAUUAUUUAUAAAAACAAUAUAAAAAGGUAUUUAAAAACUUUUAUUCUAGUAGUGAGUAUUAGAAUUUUGCCAUGAAAAAACUUACGCUUUUAGUUUAUUUAAUUACGCUAUUUUGUACGCCAGUGUUAUUGAAUCCAAUUCAAACCUCAGCUUUAACUAUAAGUGACUCGAUUCAGUCAUGUGACAGUCAUAUUUAUUGUCAGGGUAAACUUCUGGAUACAGUUCAGCGUUCUAGAAUAUUUUCAGACUCUAAAACUUUUGUUGAUAUGAGCCUAAAUAGUUCACCUGAAUUAAUAUUGCAAUCGUUUGAUAAUUUUAUGAACUCUACCAACAAUUCCCCAACCAAAGAAGAACUUCUAGAAUUUGUGAAUAUACACUUUACCCCGAGUAAUGAAUUAGAAGAGUGGAGCCCAAAUGAUUUUACCGAAAAUCCUAAGUUUUUGGAGAAAAUAAUGAAUGAAGAAAUUAAACAAUUUGCAUCAGAUCUGGUUAAGAUCUGGCCUAGCUUGGGACGUAAGGUUAAAAGUCAAGUAUUUAAAGAACCUGAAAAAUACUCACUAAUAGGUGUACCGAAUGGGGUGAUUAUUCCAGGAGGGCGAUUUAGAGAAUUUUAUUAUUGGGAUUCCUAUUGGAUAAUCAAGGGUCUACUUCUAAGCGAAAUGACUCAGACUGCUAAAGGAAUAAUUGAAAAUUUGCUUUAUAUGGUAGAAAAAUAUGAAUUUGUACCUAACGGAGGAAGAGUUUACUAUCUAAAUAGAUCCCAACCACCCCUCUUAACUCACAUGGUUGGAUUAUAUCUAAACUACACCGGAGAUAUCGAGUGGGUUCAGAAAAUACUUCCCUUAUUAGAAAAAGAGCUAAAUUAUUGGUUAAACCAGAAAACCAUAAAAGUGGAAAAAAACCAGAAGACGUAUUAUUUAGCCCAUUAUGCUUCAAACAGCGAUACACCAAGACCGGAAUCUUAUUAUGAAGAUAUUAAUACGUGUGAAUAUUUUAUUCAAAAUAUUGAAAGGAAACAUUGCUUCCAAGGAUUAAAGAGUGGUGCUGAAAGUGGCUGGGAUUUUUCCAGCAGAUGGUUUUUUGACCAAGAUGGUGGCGUAAAAACGAACUUAACCCAUAUCGAUGCCCAGAGGGUUAUCCCCGUAGAUUUAAAUGCAUUUUUAUGCAGUGCUUUUAGGCAAUUAGCAAGUUUUCAUAGUAAAUUGGGAGAUACCAAAAAAUCAAUUAAAUGGGCUCAAUUAUCAAAAGAAUGGCUUUCGUCUAUAGAGGAGCUCCUGUAUGAUAGCGAAGAUGGGAUUUGGUAUGACUACGAUAUGGUUUUACAACGACACAGAAAAAUGUUUUUCCCCAGCAACUUCGUGCCCUUAUGGACAGGUUCAUAUAACGUUGUGCUGAGAAAUAAAUAUGGUCAAAGGGCUGCCGAUUAUUUCAACACCAAUCGAAUAGGCGAAUUUAAGGGAGGAAUUCCUGCCUCGUUGGAUGACAAUAACGAGCAGUGGGAUCUUCCGAACGCUUGGCCACCACUGCAAGAAUUUGUUAUUUUAGGUUUAUGGAACACUGGUAACAAAAUGGCUCGUAAAAUAGCUCUUACAUCGGCCGAUCAAUGGAUCUACGCAAACCUAAAAGGAUUCAAGGAGCAAACUGCCAUGUUUGAAAAGUACGACGCAAUUAAAGUAGGUCAAUAUGGAGGAGGAGGUGAAUACGAAGUACAAAAGGGUUUUGGUUGGACCAACGGAGUAGCUUUAAAUUUGAUUAAUAUAUUUUAUACUAAUAAUAGGCGUAGAAAAAUAGGAUGAUGUUGGUUAGUUAAAUAUUUUAAUAUGAUUGAAGCACAAAAUAAACUAAUAUGAUGAAUAGUA